AUGUUCGCCAAGAUCGCCGUUCUUGCCUGCGUGCUCGCCGUCGCCAAUGCGGGUGCGAUCGGCGUGCCAGCUUUGGCCAGCUACGCCGCGGCACCGGCAGUGGAAGCCUACGCGGCACCAGCUCACUCGAGCUACGUCUACUCGGCUCCGAUCGCCCAGGCCGCAUACGCUGCCGCCCCAAUUGCCCAGCCGGCAUACGCUACCGCCCCAGUGGCUCAUGCUCCCGUUGCCUACUCGGCGCCAGUCACCCACACCGCACCUGCAGUCGCUUACUCGCCAGCCGCCGCUGUCUCGCAUGUGACCUAUAGCAGUCCGCUCAUUGGCUAUGGCUGGUAA